AUGACGUGGCCACAAACAAGAUUGACAAGCAACACAUGUGUUGCAACUCUUGUCCUUACGGGUCACAUGAGACCAUCCAAAACAUACGUGUCAGAAUCUGAACGGAACAUUCGAAAACCUAAUCUUUUAAUGUUUUUAUCGACCAUUCGAGAACUCAAUCAUCUACACAGCUUAACACUCACAAAAUCAAUGGCAGAGUUUCAUCUUCCUUCCGAGAUAGAAAACGAAGCAGAGCAAACUUCAUCAGCUCAUCAAGAUUUCGAAGAGAACGCUACUUACAUCGAUGAUGAGUACCUCGACUACAUCCAUUACUUGGCUUCACGGAGCAACCAUGAUAUGGAGACGUUUGGGUCUUACGAUGAAGUCUUCGGUCGAGUGUUGGGAAACUCAACUUCCACGCGGUGGCCUGAAACGGCCGAGGAGCUUCCGGUGGUGAACUUGACGGCUGAGGAAUUGACGGAGAGAGGUUUGGUGGUUUGUGCAAUAUGUAGAGAGAAGCUUGUUCCUAGUGAGAGACUCUCUGAGCUUCCUUGUCUUCAUUAUUACCACAAAGACUGUAUCUCGAGUUGGUUGACUAAUAGAAACACUUGUCCUCUUUGCCGUCACAAUGUAAGAAACUAGUUUGGGUUUUCUUGAUUUUUUUUGUUUUGUUGAAGUUGAUAAAGUCUUUAAUAUUUCUAACCCCGAAUAUAUCAGAAGAAAGAUCAAGUAAAGUGGCUAUAUCUUUACCUAUUCAAAUGGAUUUGUUUGGACUAAUAAACUUUGAAAGUUUGGUUAACGAUUUUGUAGAAAAAAAGAAAAAAGAUCAAUGGCAACUAAGAUUCUACAUGUGUUUAACUUUGUUUCCAGGAAACUUAUGUUUCCUCUGGCUUUGCUUGACUUUGUAUAAAUCACAAAUGGUAUCCUUCAAAGAUUUCAAUAUAAAUCUUCGGAUGAUAAAUUAACACAAUUUUCUAUUUCAAUUUUCAGGCUAGUAUAGCCCAACUUGUGUUCUUUUGUCAUAAAUUGAGCCCAAGUUUAGUAUAUGACAAUU